CACGACUCAUCCUCUCCAUCAACCUUCAAUAUCGCUGCCCUCAUAGUAUACUUUCACAAACACUCAUAGUCCGCCCAUCAUGAAACUCACCACCCUAUCCGUGCUGGCCCUAUCAGCCUCGGCCAUCAACGCCCGCUUCGUCGAGAAGCACGAGACCGACCAAGUCGUGCUCACCAGCGACAGUGGCGAGGAUGCAACAAAGUAUCUCAUCGAGCUCUCCCCCGGAGAGACCAGGUUGGUGAUAGAGGAAGACAAAUGGGAUCUGAAACGACAAAACAUCAACUUCAUGGACAUCACCGACACCCAAUCCCUCGGCUCCUACAACAUCCACACCAGCAAGAAGCGUGUCUUCCCCGCAGCACCCGUGCACCAGACCAGUCUCGAGCCCCUCCUCAAGACCCUCUCCAAGUCGAAAAUGCGGGCGCACCUCGAGAAAUUCACCUCCUUCUACACCCGCUACUACAAGUCCACCUACGGCGCUCAGUCGUCCGCAUGGCUCCUCGAGACUGUCACCGAAAUGGUCGGUGCUGCGGGGGCUGAUAAGCACGGUGCGCAUGUGAAGCACUUCCCGCACUCGUGGGGGCAGAACAGCGUUAUCGCUACGAUUCCGGGACAGAGCGAUAAGACUGUCGUUAUUGGCGCGCAUCAGGAUAGUAUUAACCUGUUCCUGCCUGCAUUCCUCCCAGCGCCUGGCGCGGAUGAUGAUGGAUCAGGAACGGUUACCAUCCUUGAGGCGCUGCGGGUGCUGUUGGCUGAUGAGUCGGUUGUGGCGGGGAACGCAACAAACACCAUCGAGUUCCACUGGUACUCUGCGGAAGAGGGCGGUCUGCUCGGCUCCCAGGCUAUCUUCAGCGCAUAUGAGAAGGAGGGUCGUGAUGUGCGGGCUAUGUUGCAGCAGGAUAUGACUGGUUAUGUCCAAAAGACUCUCGAUGCCGGAGAGCCCGAGAGCGUGGGCGUUAUCACUGAUUUCGUCGACCCGGCGUUGACGGAGUUCAUCAAGACGAUCGUGACGGAGUACUGCGAUAUUCCGUAUGUGGAGACCAAGUGCGGAUACGCUUGCAGUGACCACGCAUCGGCGAGCAAGGCGGGGUAUCCGUCGGCGUUUGUGAUUGAGUCCGACUUUAAGUACUCGGAUGAUAAGAUCCAUACCCAGGAUGAUAAGAUUGAGUAUCUCUCUUUUGAUCAUAUGCUGCAGCACGCGAGGUUGACGCUGGGACUGGUGUACGAGCUCGCGUUUGCGGAGCUGUGAGUACGGGAUAGGGAUGUUGAUGUCUGUGGUUGAUGGUUUUAGUUAUACGGGUUGAGAUUGGAAUUUGGGCAUGGCGUAGUUAGUUGGAGUUUGAAGUCAGGUUUAGAAUAGCGGUUGCAUCGAGUGCAAAUCCUAGAAUCUCUCC